UGCUCCUAAUUAGAGGUGCCGUGCGAUGGAGCCCGGCGCUGAGCGCAGAGUGUCGCUCUGCUGCCGCCGGGCCGAUCCCCUGCGAGCCUCCUUCUACCUCAGCACGUUCGGCCAGCUGAAGCUGUCCAUCGAGGUGCGGGGCYGGACGCUGGUGCUGCACGUCAUGGAAGCAAAAGGCCUGAUGGGAGCAGAGUGCCGUGCGUGCGACUCCUACGUGAAGGUGUCCAUUGUGCCGGACACUGACUGGAAGUGCAGGCAGAAGACGAAGACUGURCCAGACAGCAAAAAUCCAGUGUUCCACGAGCACUUUGUGUUCCCCGUGCAGGAGGAGGCUGAGCAGAAGCGGCUCCUGGUCACCGUCUGGAACAGAGAGAGGAAUUCCAGGCACAGUGAGCUGAUCGGCUGCAUGAGCUUUGGGGUGAAGUCCCUCCUGACCCUGGACAAGGACAUCAGUGGCUGGUAUUACCUCCUCGGGGAGGACCUGGGCAGGACCAAGCACCUGAAGGUGGCCAUGAGGAGGCUGAAGCAGAGCACAGAAGUCAACCCAGGAAGUGGAAGUGCAGCCCAGGAGAGGCAGGAGGGGGUGACUCUGCAGCAGCUGAAGAUCACCAUCCCUCGAGGCAGCGAUGGCUUUGGCUUCACAAUCUGCUGYGACUCCCCGGUCCGUGUGCAGGCAGUGGACUCUGGUGGCCCAGCAGAGAAGGCAGGACUGCAGCAGCUGGACACUGUGCUGCAGCUGAAUGAGCAGCCUGUGGAGCACUGGAAAUGUGUGGAGCUGGCACACGAAAUCCGGAACUGUCCCACAGAGAUCAUCCUGCUGGUGUGGCGGCUGGUGCCUCAGGUGAAGCCCCACGAGGGCAUGGUGCGCAGGUCCUCCUGCAAAUCCGCCUACGAGCUGCAGUGUCCACCCAACAAGCGCGAGAAGAGCGGGGCCGCGCAGGCUGAGCAGCGCCGCAGCUGCCACAUCCUCUACGAUGGCAGCGAGGGGCUGGGGCUGCACUCCUGGGACAGGUACACCGAGCUGGGCAAGCGGGGCCCCAGCACCCUGCCCGCCCUGUCCCGGGUGCCCUCGGCCGCGGAUCAGAACUACAUCAUCCUGGCGCCGCUGAACCCCGGCAGCCAGCUGCUCAGGCCGGUGUACCAGGAGGACAGCACCACUGCGGGGAGUGCCUGCAAAGGGAAAUCACACACGGGCUCUGGCAGGAAAUCCAGGCUGAUGAAGACYGUGCAGACCAUGAAGAGCUACGGGAACUACCAGAACUGCACCAUCGUGAGGCCCCACAUCCCCCAUUCCUACGGCACCUACGUGACCCUGGCCCCCAAAGUGCUGGUGUUCCCCAUCUUCGUGCAGCCCCUGGAUCUUUGCAACCCAGCCCGGACUCUGCUGCUGUCGGAGGAGCUGCUCCUUCACGAGAGCAGGAACAGAACUACCCAGGUGACCCUUUUUGUCUACUCGGACCUGCUGCUCUUCACCAAGGAGGACGAGCCCGGGCGCUGCAACGUGCUCAGGAACCCUCUGUACCUGCACAGUGUCAAGCUCCAGGAGGGUUCAGAAGAUCGCAAGUUCUGCCUCCUUUACCUGGCAGAGAAGUCGGAGUGCUUAUUAAGUUUGGAGGCUUACUCCCAGGAGCAGAAGAAGAGGAUCUGCUGGUGUCUGGCUGAGAACAUCACCAAGCAGCAACAUCCGGCAGCAGCUCCUACCGAGAGCAAGAACGGCUGAUUACUCUUCCCUUCUGGCUCCRUGACCUGAGAUUACCUCGGAGAUGAUGGCUGGCUGUAUCUGAAAGAUGCAGAUUAUCCUUAAGCUAAAUAAUUACGGACACUCGGUGGCGUGGACUUUGGGAGUCCAGGACGGGUGCUCCCCUUGUUUCCCGAGGGAGGUGGUGGAUGCUCAGCGCUUCCCCGAGCCCGGCUGCCGUCUCUGUGCCAUGGCUGCUGUCGGUGUGAGCAGGYGUGGAUGCUCCUGGCCCUUCCUGGCAGCGCUGGCUCCGGUGCUGGGAACGAGCGGCCGUGGGUGCGUGGCUGGGGGGAGCUGCCGGCCCCUUCCUGGCCCUGCCUCUGCUCAGGAAGGGCAGGGCUGUUUCUCUCACUUAUUUACAACGUGCUUGACAAGUGCGAGUAAAUGAGCU